ACAUCUAUAAAUAGGAGAAUGCAUGACACUAUUUGUAAUAAGGAAAUCAGCUAGGACUGAAAACAUGGCAUCCAAUUCAGUCAGUUGUCUGAAGUGGGUGUGAUUUUUCUUUGGUUAAAAAUCCGAUGAAAACCGCCGUCGGAACCAUUUUGGGCAACCCUUCCGUCAUCAAAAGCAGCUCCCAAGCGAAACAGCUCCAUGCCCAAGUCGUCAAACGUCAAGGAAAUGCCAUUCUUUUUGCUAAAUCCGCUGCUAUCAUUCUCUCGGUUUACGCCAACUUCAACCUCUUACGAGACUGCCUCUCUCUCUUCAACACUUUCCGCUAUCCGCCGCCGAGUAAGGCGUGGAAAUCAAUCAUCAGAUGCUGCGCUUCCAACGGAAAUUUCCAAGAAUCCAUAGCUUUCUUCAAGAAAAUGAGGGCUGCUGGGAAAUUCCCGGAUAGGAACGUGUUCCCUUCUCUGCUGAAAACGUGCGCCCAUUUGGGGGAUUUGAGGUUUGGUGAGGCGGUCCAUGGCUGCGUGAUCAGGGUCGGGUUAGAUUCGGAUCUUUUUACGGGCAAUGCACUCAUGAGUAUGUAUGUAAAGUUGGAGCCUUUGAACGCACGCAACGUGUUUGAUGGUUGUUCUGAACCAAAAGGGUCAUUUGAAUUUUACAAUUCUUUGAAUAGGACUGUGAGUUCAGCUAGGUAUAUGCAAGAUUGUAAAGGGAUGUUUGGAGGGACUGAUGAAAAACUCGACUCUUCUAAUGAAAAUGCUAGUAAUGAGUUGAUGAUUGUUGAUCAGAAUGUGAUUUUUAACGAUAAUGUGAGAAGUAAUGUUGAUUGCGGUGAUGAGGAGAUUGUAGUUGUUGAUAGUGUAUUAGAGAGGAGAAAGAACAGUGUGGGGAAAGUUUUCGAAACAAUGCCAGUUAGAGAUGUUGUCUCUUGGAACACGGUGAUGGGAGGACAUGUGCAGAAUGGGAUGUAUGAGGAAGCUUUGUUGACAUUGAAGGAUAUGGGGAGGGGGAAUUUAAAGCCCGAUUCUUACACUUUAUCUACUAUCCUACCGAUCUUUGCAAAGUACGUAGAUGUGAUGAAGGGGAAAGAGAUUCAUGGGUAUGCAGUUAGGCAUGGUUAUGACAAAGAUGUGUUCAUUGGUAGUAGUUUGAUUGAUAUGUAUGCAAAUUGUAUGCAGUUGGAAGAUUCAUACAAGGUAUUCAGUUUAUCUCCUCAAAAGGACAGAGUUUCUUGGAAUUCCAUGAUAGCAGUGUGUGUCCAGAAUGGAAGUUUUGAUGAUGGAUUGAGAUAUUUUAGGGAGAUGUUGAAGGCUGGAAUUGAGCCCGUGGCUUUUUCGUUUUCAAGUAUCAUGCCGGCCUGUGGCCAUCUCGCGACACUAUGUUUGGGUAGAGAGCUCCACGGCUGCAUCAUUAGGCGGGGCUUUGAUGAUAACAUCUUCGUUGCUAGCUCCGUGAUGGACAUGUAUGCAAAAUGUGGUAAAAUAGCAGCUGCAAGGUGGAUUUUCGACAAGAUGGAGUUUCAAGACACGGUGUCGUGGACAGCCAUGGUCAUGGCAUAUGCAUUGAACGGGCAUGCCCGUGAUGCCAUUUCUUUCUUUGAGAAGAUGGAGACGGAGGGGGUGAAGCCUAACUCUGGUUCUUUCCUUGCUGUUUUGACGGGUUGUAGUCACGGCGGAUUGGUGGAUGAAGCUCAGAUGUAUUUUAAGAGGAUGACUCGGGCUUAUGCUAUUGCACCGGGUUUAGAGCACUAUGCUGCAGUCUCGGAUCUUCUUGGCCGUGCAGGGAGAUUGGAUGAAGCUUACGAGUUCAUCUACAAGAUGCAUAUCAAACCAACAGAGGCGAUUUGGUUGAGUUUGUUGUCUGCUUGUCGAGUCCACAAGAAUGUGGAACUGGCUGAAAGGGUUGCCAAAGAAGUGCUCACAAUUGAUCCUAAAUCGGUUAAUGCUUAUGUUCUGUUAUCCAAUGUUUAUGUUGAUGUGGGGAGGUGGAAAGAGGCUGCAAAGUUGAGAAGAGCCAUGAGAAAGAAAGGGGUGAAGAAGGAAGAAGCUUGCAGCUGGGUUGAGGUUAUGUAAGAACGAGCUUCCCAUGGUUAUCAUCCCAAGAUUGACAAGGCGCUGCAGUAUGGAAGGGACGUGCCAGACACGAACACCACGACGUGGAUGAGGAGCAAAAGAUAAGAUCUUGCACAGAGAUGUUGGCCGAUUUCAAGAUUGUUUUUCGCCAUUGCAGAGUCGUGUUGAAUUAGGAGAAUUUCGUGAUGCUCAAUCACACUUUUAAGUUUCAGUGUUGAAGAUUUCUAUGCUGAGAAAUGUUUUGUGGUUGAGAGAGGUGGAGCUUGUGUUUGAAAAGCUUUCAAAUGCAGCAAGUGACAAGAAACAAUUCUUGAAUUCACUUAUUUCUUUGAUUUACUUAUACAAUCCAUGUGUUGCAUAACUGCUGAUAGGAUAGAAUGACAAUGUUAAUGAGAAUUUUUUUUUUUUUUUCUUUCCAACUCGAUUUGGCGUAUUUACUUUGUUUUUAUCUUGAAAUGAUAUGUAAAUGGACAAUAUUUGGGUCAUGUAUGUGGUCAGCGUGUACCUAUAUAUUUUCAUUUAUUUUAUUCAAUUAUCGUAAGAUGGUAUUGUCACAA